AACUUCUCGUCCGACCGCCUGUUUCGACGCCAUUUUAUUUGGUGAACGCGGUGUUGUUUGUGUUGUCGAGUUUUUCAGUUAAAAAAAUCACUUAAAAUGUCCAGCAGCCGCAACGAUUGCAGAAUAUAUGUGGGAAACUUGCCGCCCGACAUUCGCACGAAAGAUAUCCAAGAUUUGUUCUACAAAUUCGGGAAAGUAACUUUCGUCGACUUGAAGAAUAGGCGCGGGCCUCCUUUCGCGUUUGUUGAGUUUGAGGAUCCCAGAGAUGCUGAUGACGCUGUACAUGCUAGAGAUGGCUAUGACUAUGAUGGAUAUCGUUUAAGAGUUGAAUUUCCUCGUGGUGGUGGGCAUGGUAGUUUUAGGGGCGGACGAGGUGGUGGUGGCGAUAGAGGAAGAAGCUCCAGAGGCCCACCAGCGAGAAGAUCGCAAUUUAGGGUUCUUGUUACAGGUUUACCUCCAUCUGGUUCAUGGCAAGAUCUAAAAGAUCACAUGCGUGAAGCCGGUGAUGUUUGUUUUGCUGACGCUUUUAAAGACGGUUCUGGAGUGGUCGAAUUUUUGCGUUAUGAGGACAUGAAAUAUGCAAUUAAAAAGUUGGACGAUUCAAGAUUUAGAUCACAUGAGGGUGAAGUUUCCUAUAUUAGGGUGAAAGAAGACAGGGGUGGUAGCGAUAGUAGACGUUCUGGGGGCCGAUCUCGUAGCAGGUCUUACUCUCCGAGAAGAAGGGGUUCUCCAACCUACAGCCCCUUGAAAAGAAGUUACUCGAGAAGCAGAUCCCGUACAUAAAGCUGAUGCAUUUAAAUUCGGAUUUAAACUGGCUUAAGUACGUAUUGGGCGACUAUUAAAAUUCUUUCUCUAUUAUUAUUUUUAAAAAAAUAUUAAUCAGUAGGGACUUUUUUUGUAAUUGUGUGUGAAAAUUCGUUAAAAACUUGACUGAGGGGCUUUGCAAACAUUCCCUGAUGGAUUUUUUUUAUUAUUAUCAUUUUGACUGAAAAUUAACUUAAGAUUUAUUACAUUUGAUAAAGUUGCUCAGUCAGACAUUUUAAUUAGUUAUUGUAGAGAUAUUAUUUCGUAUUUUAAUCGAUGUAUAAAAAUAAUCAGACCUAAAAAAUUGUAUUAUGUUGUAUGUAUUCUGAUAAGACACUAAUUGUAUUGUUUUUUUUGUUUCCCGACAUAACAUCGUUGGAUAAAAGUCUGGAUAAAAUAGAAUAAAAAAAUCAAAAAAACUGGCUUAAAAUUGACUUAACCUAAAAAUAAAAAUAACCUUGCUGGUGGACAUGGUGUGAGAGAGAAAGGAUAAUAAUUGUUGAUUAGGGAACUAAAAAAGGACUAAAAAGGAUAGGACUUGCGAAAAAAGGACAAUUCCUCGGGAUUCAGGACCUUACUUAACGCUGGCGGACAUUUUUACUAAAACUAAAUUUGCUACGACUCAAGUUUUUGCAUGCACAGGGUUUUUCAAUAGGAUAAUAUUGAAAAACCCUGUAUAUUAUCAGCCCGCGCCACAUUCUCUUUAACUUCGCAAAAUGUCCGCCUUUUUUACCGAAAAAAACUUGGACAUGGCAAAAAAAUUAAGAGGAAUUAUCCGAGGAUUUAGGAAAUCUAGGACUCUUGGUCUCACAAAAGUCGAUAGAGGAGCUGAGAACAGUCGAAAAAGGACUGCGCGGGAUAAUUUUUUGAGGAUUUUUUCAUAGGAUUUUCGAGCGGAAUCAGUUUUUUCGAUUUUUUGCAAGGAUUGUGUCUAGGAACUUUUCCAGGUAUUUUAUGUUUUUUAAACCAUACAAGGUUGUCCAAUUGUUAUUUUUGGAACGCCUUGUAUAAUACUAUUUAGUAUUUCAGCUUGAUUGUUUUAAUUAAUUGAUUUUGCAUGAUAUGAACCUAAAUAAAAGUAUUUUUAAUCUAA